GGUAGUUUCUUGAUUAUUCCAGAUAAUAAACUAGCAGACAGUAUGAUUAAUGGAGAUAGAAUGGCAACUUUCAUGGGAUAUCUUUCUUCGGUUCAACUUGGAGGAAAUACUGUUUUCCCAAAAAUUGAUGUAUCAAUAUCUCCGGAAAGGGGAAGUGCCGCCUUCUGGUGGAAUUUAAGCAGUAAUGGAGUAACAGAUACAGAUACUGUUCAUGGAGGGUGUCCUGUUCUGGUCGGAUCAAAGGUUGGUAUGAAGAACCGGUUCUCAACUUUGAUGAAAAAUGAAGUUUUCCUAAAUACUCCUGUGUAUUAUACUGCCCUCACGCACUUUUCACCAGAAUUUAAGAAAAUUUCAUGAUUUCAACAUUUUUUUCUUUUCACUUUGUUACCCUUCAUGACACUGGCAUAUUUGUUAUAAACUCAAAACUAGAUAAGCUACAAUGUCACAAAGUCGCAGCAGUAGUGUCGCAUAAAUUUUACCAAUUCUCAUCCUGUCUAAUUUACAGUAAUAAAGGUUAAAUUCGGCUU